ACCACCUCACUGAGCAUCUCCACUCCGGAGGGAAGUCCACUGUUGGGGAGAGAUGCUCGUGCCAGCCCAUUUUCUGCUGCUGCUGCUCGUAGGGGCCCCCAGGAUGGGUCUGUCCCAUAAGUUCUCCAAAGCCGAGUCCAUCUUCUGCUGCAUCAACACAGCCCUGUCUGAGGCCAGGAAGAGCCCAUUGGAGGAUGCACCCCUGCUGAGCAAGAGAGGCUUCCCCUACUUGCCCAGCCAGGCCCCAUCCUCAGGCGAGGAUAAGGAGAGGGAGGAGGAGGAAGAGAAUAAGAAGAAAAGGACCUUCUCUGGCCCCAGGGGUGUUGGUGGAGCUGGAAGCCCCCAGUACAAGUACCUGCCCCAAGCCCAGCUCAGGAGCAGGCUGUCCCAGAACAAGACCAAGAGUGACCAGCGCACCAAGCUCACACUGUCCCUUGAUGUCCCCACCAACAUCAUGAAUGUCCUCUUCAACAUUGCCAAGGCCAAGAACCUGCGAGCCAAGGCAGCUGCCAAUGCUCAUCUGAUGGCACAGAUUGGACGGAAGAAGUAG